GAGAAGCCAAAACUAGAACAAGACCGGAAUGAAUUGAUCCUUCAAAUAAACAAUGACAGAAAUCAACUUAAGGCAAUCAUCGACCGAGUCCUCGUCCUUUUGUACGACUCAGAAGGAAAUGUCCUCGAUAAUACUCAACUCAUCACUGCUCUCAACGAAUCCAAAGUUGUUCAAUUUUCUUACUCAGGCCAAAUUCAGCCAAAUCUCUUCUCGUCUCACCCAGACAGAAAUAACCGAAAAAGAGAUUACUCGGGCACGGGACGUUUACAUAAGUGUUGCUGAGCGAGGCGCAAUUCUGUAUUUUGUCAUCGCGGACAUGGCCAAAGUAGACCCAAUGUACCAGUUCUCCCUCCAAUACUUCAAACAGAUUUUCUCCCAAUCCAUUCUGGACUGUGUCGAGUCGGGGGACACCAGACUGGACUGUCUUGUCCAAGCAAUAUCCAUCGACGCCUAUUUGCACGUUUCUCGGUAUUUCUUAUUUUUUAAAGUCAGGGGACUGUUUGAGAAACAUAAACUUGUUUUUUCUUUUCUGUUAUGCGUCGAAAUAAUGCUUGCCCGCAAUGACCUCACAUCCCACGAACUCGAUUUGUUCAUUCGAGGAGACAUUGAGUCGAUCAUUUCCGAGGAUCUUGCCAAUUGCUUUGCCCAAACACGUGCAUAUGUGACCAGUGGGGACUCAAAGGUCUAUUUUAUUCUCGAUGGCAGAUAUUCCUGACAGACAAUCAACUUGAUGAAUUCCAUGUGGAGUCCGUUACACCUUUCCAAAAAAUCCUGCUCGUAAA